AGAGAUGUGAGCUCGGGUACGGAGAGACGUAAGCGCGGGAAUUCAAGUUCGGAGCCUGUUCCGAGGCGAGGCGAUUACGUUAUUAUUCCGAUUAGUGUGCGUUGCAGUAGGGAGUUUAAUACAAACCAUUCUGAACGGCUCGAGGCGAUACGGUGACGAUCCCUUUCCGAUCCCAUAUGUGUGCUGAGACCCUUAACGCUCUUUUUCUACAGAAUCAUUCGGCGUAAAGCAGUCUGAUGAUUUUUCCCUGUCUCGCGAGGAUCAGCGGGCGCUGAAUAUUAUGGAACGGACUACGAGACUAUUGCCUGAAGAUUGGCGGGAAACGGGUCUGCAUUGGAAAUCUGAGGAGUUCCAGCUAUCUGAUAGCCUUCCGCAAGCGAAAGUCCGAUGGAAGGGUGGUGUUGAGAUAAAAAUGGUGGGAGCGUUUAGUAAGGUCUGUAAAGACCAGCCUUAUGAUGACCCUUAGGCCUCUUUUCCAUUACACGGUUGUUCAAACGUACGGUGUGUAAGCCGUACGGUUGAAAAAACGUGCUAGCUUGUACAUGAUACGGCAAAAUCACCGCGCGAGACAUUGGUAAGUACUGGCUAGUAGCGCUUUUUACUCGGGCUGUGUAGGACGUGCUGCGACAUGAAUUUUCUUACGAAAAAAAAGAUUAUAGUUGCUUAUUACAUAUAUAGGAAAAAGAAAAUAGAAAAAAAAAGGGAAGUAAGGUUUUGGAUACAUCCGAUUUUAGAAAAAAGGGAGGAAUAUGGCGCGUUUCAUACACUUGUCAAGAAUCAAUUGAGAGAAGAUGAAGACAAGUUUUACAAUUAUUUUAGAAUGCAGAAAACUACAUUCGACAAUUUGCUCCAAAAAUUAUCCCAGGAACUAAAAAUCAAGAUACUUUUAUGCGAGAGAGUAUAUCGCCCGCAGAAAGAUUGGCUGUAACUCUGAGGUAUCUAGCAACAGGAGAUACCUUUACUGACCUAUACUACAGCUAUAGAAUUGGAAUAAAAACCAUAAGUUGCAUCGUACGUGAAGUAUGCCACUACAUUUGGUUAGAACUGUAUAAAGAAUAUAUGAAAAUACCAUCUAAAGAAGACUGGCUACACAUUGCAAGCAAAUUUCAAGAAUCUUCCAACUUCCCGCUGUGCUUAGGAGCGGUCGAUGGAAAACACAUCAGAAUUAUUAAGCCAAUUGAUAGUGGCUCGAUGUUUUUAAAUUACAAACAUUUUUUUUCUAUAGUUUUGAUGGCAGUAGUAGAUAGCGAUUACAACUUUAUAUUUGUUGACGUUGGCGCCUACGGAAAGGAGUGUGAUUCCAGUGUGUUUAAAGAGACCCCAUUUUGGAAAAAUUUAACAAACAACGGAUUAAAUCUACCCGAUGCAACACGUUUGCCUGGAAUUGACUACGAUUUGCCAUAUGUGUUCGUUGCGGACGAAGCCUUUGCUUUGCAUUAUCACUUGCUUCGUCCAUUUGGUGGUCAUCAGCUUGAUCAAUUAAAACGUACAUUUAACUACAGACUCACAAGAGCGCGAAGAUUUGUUGAAUGUGCGUUUGGCAUUUUAUCCAAUAAAUGGCGAAUUUUUCACCGGCCAAUGAAUGUGUCCAUCGAUUUGGCAGUUGAUAUUGUGAAAACAUGUUGUGUUUUGCAAAAUUUUAUACAUAAGCAGGAAAACUUUCAGUUUCACAAUGCGAGUGAAAAUGAGUCCACCCUUGAUUCAGAAUCGGAACUAAUCCAGUUACCUAUCACGAAUGCAGUUCGCGGAAGUUUGGCGGCUAAUGAAGUUCGCAACAGAUUUGCACAAUAUUUUGUAUCUAACGAAGGUCGCCUCUCCUAUCAAAACAACUAUGCAUAAGUAAAAAGUUAAUAAUUAAAUAUCUGUAACUUACCAAACUUGUUU